AUGCCUUUACCCAAGAUCAACGCGGAUGUCAACAUCACACACAUCGGGACCGCCACCGCCAUCCUCCAAAUCAAUGGCGUCAACCUCCUCACCGACCCUUUCUUCUCUCCUGCCGGCACGCAGUGGGACCGUGGCGUGGUAAUUCUUGAGAACAGUGACACUCCGGCCAUGGCACUCCAUGACUUGCCGGCUGUUGAUGCCGUUCUGCUCAGUCAUGAAGAUCACCCCGAUAACUUGGAUGAGCUGGGCCGACAACUGCUAGAUGGCAGAAGAGUCAUCACCACUAUGGAUGGAGCAAAGAAACUAUCACCACGCCCCGACGUCAGGGGAAUCUCUCCCUGGGAAACUCUGCCCCUCCAUGUUGGUGGCCAACAGUUCAGCAUCACUGGAGUUCCCUGCCAACACGUCCCAGGCCAGGAGUGCACCGGCUUUAUCAUCACGUCCCCCACCUUCGGAGAAAUGGAUGGCCUCCCAAAUGCAAUCUACUUUUCCGGAGACACCAUCUACUUUGAGGAACUUACUGAGAUGCGAAACAAGUUCCACAUCAGCAUUGCCAUCUUCAACAUUGGCGCCGCGAUUGUCGCGAUGCCUGACGGCACGAAGAAACAGAUUACAAUGUGUGGAAAGCAAGCCAGUCGCCUUUUCCGAGAGAUUGGGGCCGAUGUGCUCGUUCCUAUGCACUAUGAGUCUUGGGGACAUUUCACGGAGAAUGGGCACAAGCUUUCUGAGGUUUUCGAGAAGGAAGGAAUUUCGGAACAUGUUUCAUGGCUUGAGCCAGGUGUUCGAAAGAUUAUUUCUACAGAGGGACACUGA